CUAAACCCGGUUCCGAAAUUGGCAGGAUAUCGGGUCAGCCCGUCGCAAACUCCAUUCGGGUUCUAGAGUCUAGACCCGUCGUCUUAGCAAUCAGCUCAGAAGCCCGGUUUACAGAGCCGAGCCGGUCCCUGAGGCACAUCGAUGGCGCCUGUGAGAGCCGCCGGCACUGUUGUCGUCGCGCUAUCUAUAGGCGCCAUACUCUCUUACUUCCUUCGCAGCCGCUCAAAAUCUUCUUCUACAAAGACUUCGAAUCGUCGAAGUUCUAGAAAUGGACUCAUUGCGGCCAUUGGCAAUACCCCUCUUAUUAGAAUCAAUAGCCUCUCCGAUGCCACUGGCUGUGAAAUUCUUGGGAAGGCGGAGUUUUUAAACCCGGGAGGAAGUGUAAAAGAUAGGGUUGCUGUGAAAAUAAUUGAAGAGGCCUUGCAAUCGGGAUCUCUAGCUCCGGGCGGUGUUGUUACUGAGGGAAGUGCUGGAAGCACAGCUAUCAGUCUUGCAACAGUAGCGCCAGCUUAUGGAUGCAAAUGCCAUGUUGUUAUUCCAGAUGAUGUUGCUAUUGAGAAGUCCCAAAUACUGGAAGCUCUUGGUGCUAUGGUUGAAAGAGUUAAACCGGUUUCAAUCACACAUAGAGACCACUAUGUCAAUGUUGCACGGAGAAGAGCACUGGAAGCAAAUGAAAUAGCAUCAAAGCGCCAAAAUAAUACCAAAGAUGGCAAUCAAAUUAAUGGCUACACAUCGGAAAAGGAAACUCAAAGUAUCUUGUAUGAACACAAGGGUGGUUUUUUUGCUGAUCAAUUUGAGAACCUCGCAAAUUUUAGGGCUCAUUAUGAAGGUACCGGACCUGAGAUCUGGGAACAGGUAGGAGGCAACUUAGAUGCAUUUGUAGCAGCUGCUGGCACGGGUGGUACAUUGUCUGGCAUUUCUAGGUUUCUGAAGGAAAAGAACUCAAGUAUCAAGUGCUUUCUCAUUGACCCUCCUGGUUCUGGUUUGUUCAACAAGGUAACCAGAGGAGUCAUGUACACGAGAGAGGAGGCUGAAGGACACAGGUUGAAGAACCCAUUUGAUACCAUAACAGAAGGAAUUGGGAUCAACAGAUUGACUAAAAAUUUUAAGUUGGCAGAACUUGAUGGGGCUUUCCGAGGCACAGAUAUAGAAGCUGUUGAAAUGUCUAGGUAUUUAUUGAAGAAUGAUGGCCUUUUUCUCGGGAGUUCUUCAGCCAUGAACUGUGUUGGAGCUGUCAGAGUGGCACAAGCACUGGGCCCUGGUCACACUAUAGUUACAAUUCUAUGCGACAGUGGGAUGAGGCACCUUACUAAGUUCUACAAUGCUCAGUAUUUGUCUCGAUAUCGCUUGACACCUUCAGCUACCAGAUUAGAGUUUCUUGGUCUCGACUGAAUUUUGAUUUACGAUAAGUUUCUUCCCCCAAUUUUGACACCAAGUAGUUUCUUAUUCAUAAAGGUAUUUCGAUAUUUUGUAUGAGAUUUAGGGGCUGUUUUUUUUUGUCAUUUUCAAGCCGUUUUCCGUUUUCGAUUUUUCAAAACGGUGAAAACGCGUUCCUUCCCAUUUUCGAAAAUGAAUUUUGGAAAAAACAAUAAAUAAGUAAAAAAAAAAAUUGUACACAAAACUCAAAACGUCUAAAAAGAUGUUUUGAAUGUUUUCUAGCAAAAACCCUGUAUAUUAAAAACACGGGAAACGCUCAUUUUAGACGUCUCUCUCAUUUUCGUUUCUCUCAUUUCCACAUAUCCCAGAAUCCCUGUGUCUCUUUCUCCUCCUACACCUUUCCUUUCCCCUAACUGCAUCUCUCUCUUUCGACUACCAUGGGGCUGCAUCUUGACUCUCUACACCGUGCAUGAGUACGUCUGUUGUCAGUGGUCUGCCGUGCGUGGUGCAUCUGUGGUGCUGUUUGUGGUGUACUGUCUUCAAAGUAAUCAAAACAAUGCAAUACUUUGAAGGGGUCAUAGAGAAAUCAGACUGCAGCUUCUAUUGACAUUUUUGGGAUUUCAGUAAAUCCUACAAAUUUCCUAAUAACAGGAAGCCAAAAGUUGCAGUUGUUGGAAGUGGGCCCUCAGGCUUGUUUGCUUCUCUUAUGGUUGUUAAAUUUGGUAGAGAUGUUACGUUAAUGGAAAGAGGACAGGCAGUUGAACAUAGAGAUUAGUUCGUUAUUAAAGCAUGCCACGUUCUGUUUGCUUCUUCAAGCUUAUUUGUUGUGAAAUGUAGUUGAUGAUUCUUGCACUUGUAACAUGAGAUGAUCUUUGGCCAUUGUAAGAUGAGAUUCUUGCACUUCCUCAUUCAGCUGAUGAUUUCAAGGGUCAGAUAAGAGACAAAAGGAUAUGGAACUUUAUGAUUUGAAGCAUAAGAAGAAACGGAUAUUAUUAUUUUUUAUAUGAUACUUGAUUGUGAGUAUAAGACUACAUACACUGGUAAUGUGCAAUUCAAUAUAGAAGGGAUUGUUUCACAUUUGUACAUACUAAUGCGUUAUUUGCCUCAAAAGGACUAUAGAAUUUUGAAGUAAUUUGUAC